AUGUCGUGGAACGGGUUGUGCGUGGGGCAGUGCUACUUUCCCAUGGAGUACCUGGGCACGUACUUGAUGCAAACCCAGACCGAGGGCACAUCGUUUGCUGGUAGACCCCCUAGCACGUCGUUCUCCGAGAUCACAUUCGAACCAGAUGCUAUUCCACCAUGGGGAAAAUGUUUCAGGAAAAGAGGAAAUAACAUCAUACUCAAAGACAGCACCGGCGGCGAAGACUGCAUGAGGUGUUUCCACUUGACUUUGAAGGCGCCGAAUGUCAUUCAGAUCCACACCGAAGGUCUCGGUAAAUGUUACACCAAAGAGGAAGCAGUGAAAGCCACCUGUCCGGAUGACAGAGCUGUCCAUGAGAGGAAAUUCAAAGAAAUAAUGCUUUACAGGAAGCAAGAAACAGACGGCAACAUUCCUCCAGAGCACAUCUUUUGUCCGAUCAGCGGCAAAUUCCGAUUCACUUACACAGCAAACAAGGGCGAAUUCCGAUGCGACCAGACUCUUUCAGAAGUCUCCAAUUGCCCUCUCAGCAACACCCUGGGCGUCAAAUUCCGACAGUGUUCUUUUCCAGAUAUGGACGUGAGCUUCCGUUGCCUAGGUGACUGGGAAGGCUCUAAUAAUGAUCGCUACCUUGCCCUUAUGGAUCUUAGGGCUCCUUCAGAAGACAGACCAAAGUUUAGGUGUGGGAUGUACCGAGUGGACCCUCUGACUGGCAGAGUGUUUGUGUCCCUUUCGGCCGAUUCGACGUGUUUCAAUUGGCUACGAUCGGCAACUGAUGGAUACGAAUCUCUCAUCCUUACUCCUUUUCCCGAGAAGAGUCCACCCAGCCCGGUGCUCCACGCCCACUGUCGUUUCCCAGAAUGGGUGCAGGGCAGGUGGGAAGGGAUGCAAGUAUCCAGCAAUGUCCUGGUCUACAAGGACAAUGUCCGCCUACAGAGGUAUUCGCUGACCUGCUUGAGAAGGGAGGAGGGGACCCCGGAGGACAGAUUCGUCGUCUUCUCUUCAACGCACUGCGGGGAAGAAUCGUACAACUGUGUUUGGCUGAAAAGACGAAGCGUCAACGUCAUGGAAUUUCAAAUAGGUUCACAGCCAAGUCCCCUCUAUACGGAUAAACUGUGUCACGACCUUCAGUUCAUCGAUGAUGCCUGGACCACCCAAGGAAGGCUCAAGCCGACUCAGAUGUUUCCCUGCCCAAUCACUGGUGACUACACAGGGGUGUUGCCAGAGAAUCCCAAGUUCUGUGCCAAAGUAGCAUCAGAUUGUAACAAUCCAGACGUCAUGUUUUACACUGUCAGCAACUGCGAAAACAAGUCCCACGUAUUUGAAGAGCGUGAGUACCGCUGCUUGGGAAGCUGGGAGUCAUCUUCUGGGGUAACAUUCACAUACACCCAAAGAAGAGAAAUGGAAGGAUUCCAAUGCUUCUCAGGGAAAGUAUUGCAGAGUGGCAGGGAAGCUUACAUAAAGGAAGCAGGGCACAGCUGCAAAAGGGGAGAGGACCCGAUACUGUUUGGAAUGAAAAUAACCAAACUUGCAUCCUGUCCUGAUUUAGGAUUGUCCGUAUCACACGGGAACCGGUAUCCGACUGUAGGUCCUGUCUCUUCCAAUGACCCCUUCUACAGGCCGGUCCCUAACGAUCCCUAUUGGUACCAGAAGGAAAACGACGAUAUUGAACAAAAGGACCGAAAGUCUCCUACAAGAUCAACAAAACAUAAGGAAAAUAUCGUCAACAGGUCCUCAAGCUAUACAGUCAAUAAGAUCCUACUUUUGUUCUGCAUUCUCUUCUGCUACGGGAUCCACAGGCACCGUUCAGAAAAUGAAUCAGUUUAACUUCAAAAUGGCUUAAGCGAACAAUUAGUGCUUUUGAAAAAGACAAAUUCAUCCGUUGCUGUGUUGGCAGUGCUGGCAAUUGCCAAGAGACUCCAAAGAAUCGAAUUAGUCAUUGUUUCUAGAAAAACUGGACCUUCUUGAUUGCAACGCUGCAAUCCAGUC